UCUAUGGGGACUCAAAGAGUUUUGGUGACAAGAUGCUCCUCUGCAAUUGGUUUGGCGGUGGCUGUCAGUCUUGCCAAAGACGAAUUAAGACGCUUCCAUGUUGUGGCCACAAUGAGGAAUCUGGAGAGGAGAGAAGCUCUGGAGAGAGCAGCCGGCGAGACGCUGAAUACAUCCCUGGAGAUCCGACAGCUGGACGCCACCUAUGAUGACUCCAUCAGAGAGUGUGUGAACAGCUUGCCAGGCCAACGAGUGGAUGUGCUCUUCCUCACUGUUUUCCUCAUAAACAAUGCAGGUAUGGGUAGGAUUGGGCCUUUGGAGUGCCAGAGUGUCAGUGCAAUGCAGGAACUCUUUAACACAAAUUGUUUCAGUCUGGUGAGACUGGUGAAAGAAGUGCUGCCUGAAAUGAAGCGGCGUUAGAAUGGACACAUUGCGGUGAUGAGCAGUGUUUUAGGCUUCCAGGGUAUGCUUUUCAAUGAUGUAGAAUAUGCUGCCUCUAAAUUUGCAGUUGAGGGAUUUUGUGAGAGUCUGGCUCUGCAAGCUAUGAAGCUCAAUGUCAAGAUGACGUUAGUGGAUCCAGGAUCAGUUAUAACUGAGUUUAAGAGGAAAGUGUAUGAGGAAGCAGAGAACAUGGACCUAUCAGAGACCGAUGAGGAGACAGCGCAGAUCUUGUGUCAGAUCUACCUGCCAAAUUCUCACAAAGUCUUCACUUCAAUUGGGCAUACACCUGAGGAGGUGGCAGAGCAAACUCUCCAGAUGAUCGUGUCGAAGAACCCUCCAUUUCAUCAUCUGACCAAUCAGUUGUACAUGCCUCUGACUGCCAUGAAGCAAGCUGACCCUACAGGGUGACUACCCAUUUGGAUUGGCACCAUUCACUUCAUUACUCCAGCAGACGGUCUUCUUGACGAACCAACCGUCAAUCCUAAUCCAAUUAAAAUCUUGGAAAUGGGCUGA